AUGGCGGGGCGAAUACAAUUAAUUAUUGGACCCAUGUUUAGUGGAAAGACCACUGAACUAAUGCGUCUCUUAAAGAGAUACCAAAUAGCCAAAUACCAUUGCUUGGUACUCAAAUACCACAAAGAUGAUCGAUAUGAUUCUAAACAUAUUGCAUCCCAUGACAAACAUUAUAUUGAAGCAACACAGGUAUCAAAACUCAGCCAAAUUAUGGAUUUGGCUAACGAAUAUGACGUUAUUGGUAUUGAUGAAGGACAGUUUUUUCCUGACAUAGUCACAUUUGCAAAUGAAAUGGCAGAAAAAGGCAAAAUUGUUUUGGUGGCAGCCCUUGAUGCAACUUUUGAGAAAAAGGCUUUUGGUGAUAUUUUACAACUGAUUCCAUUAGCUGAAAGUGUUGUCAAGUUGACGGCUGUGUGUAUGAACUGCACCAAGGAGGCAUCGUUUACUAAACGCAUUGGAAUGGAAAAAGAGGUUGAAAUCAUAGGGGGAGCAGAUAAAUAUUUGUCUGUAUGUCGAAAAUGCUAUCCUCUAGAUUUUCAGAAUAACAAGGAGAAUGAGUUGGUAAAUCCCAAGCCAACACCUACAAAAAGUCGGCCCACCUUAGUGAACUCACCCACCUUAGUGAACUCGCAACCCCUAACAGCCAUGGAGAAUGAAAUGGGUGUUGAGGACUUUCAACCACCUCCAUUAGUGAACAUCAAAAUGAAUCAAAUACGGGGAAAACUCUUCAGUUCACCCUGA